AUGGACAAACUUCCGGUAGAGAUCCUAACGAAGAUCAUCGACUCCGAAACCAAAACACUGUAUUACCAUACUGAUCAAAGCGUCGGCAACAUAGAUCUCAACCCUAGGGAGCAGGUCAAACUGCAACUUGUGUCACGUAAAUUCUUCGAGUUAUCGCGAGACAAUCUUCUGUGGAGACUGCACUGCUAUGAGAGCUCAGGCAAAGCGAACGGCAAUGGGUUCACACCAGCCCAUAUCUCCGGCGCCCGGCCGCUGUCGUCGAUAACGCCAUUGAGUACACUGGGACCCCGUACGCUUCGUACUUUGAUACAGCCGCAUCCACAGAAUAUUUCCGGGGUGAAUAAUAGCCAUGACUACGCUCUGCCGUCCAUCGGGCAAAGAAGCCGAGCUGCUGCCGAGUGGGAUCCUUCAUAUGAAACGGAAGACGUGGACUGGUAUUCGGAAUAUAUAGCUCGAAACGGGCCUAUUUCUUUCAGUUGGACACAGAGACCUGUCACUGGUGGUCCUAAUCGUAUGUUGAGGGAUGCAAUGGGCAUGGGUCUACUUAGAGAUUGGAGCUUUGCGCGAGAGGAUCGGGUCAUCGCUCCGCUGGAUGACGGGACCAUUUGCGUAUGGGACAUGAAUUAUUCCCAUUCGAAUUCUGCGAACUCGCUGAAAGGGAAAAUUACCGGCAUGAGCCGCCCAGGUGUUUUGAUGACAGAUAUGUCCAAGCGAAGCGACAAGACGCCUCCUCGCAGUCCUCCGUUGGAAUUUCUAAAUGUGGGCGAGUGCGUGAGUGUAGACUCAAUGCGGAGGCGAGCAUAUAUUGCGGUGGGGAAUAUUCUGAACGAAGUGGACUUGGAGACUUUACACGUCGUGCAUCAACAAAGAUAUGCGUGGUCAAUAUUCGCGUUAUCGCAGGAAACAGAUUAUUCUGUCCCGCUUACACUAGCUACGACAUUGAGCCUCCAGAUCUACGAUGCUCGCUUAUCCUCGCCGGAAGAAGAAGCAGAGAUUAGUCUUCGAUCCAUCCCGAUUGUCAGGUCCUACAGCUACAGCCAAACGGACAACCACCUCAACGCAUUCGAAGCCCUGGUCCGCAUCAGAAAGGUGCGGAUUAUGCGCCGUUGUUUCAACCUGGGCCUUUGUCGAUAUUACAUCCUCCGACUCCGCAUGUUAAUACCAUCCUUCUGGCAGGAAGAUUUCCUAGUAUUCUCUGUUACGACCGGCGCACUUUUCCCAGGUUACAAACUGCCAUUCACUCUGGAGGUCGGGAAGCAUACGAUAGUGGCAUGUGGUGAAUAUAACGGAAGGGGUUCCUUGGAGCUAUACGAUCUGAAUUUUCACGGAUCUGAUCCUCAACAUGAAGACAGCGAGUCACACAUGCAGUCGGCGCGAUAUCAAAACCGACAAAGCGCAGCAAGCUCUAAACUAUUAUCUGUCGCAUCGCACGGCGCACGCAUAGUAUUUUCAGACUCAAAUGGCAAUGUCAAGUGGGUGGAACGGGACGGACAGACACAAGUCCGACAUUGGAACAUCAAUACAAGCAGACGACAGUCUAGAAUAGCGUCUCCAGGAGACGUCGACGAAUCGGAUCAGGUUCGAGGGCUAUUCUUCACUUCGGAUACGAGUAUGAGGAACGAUGUGGUUCGGAAAAUACUUCCUACAGAUGCCAAUCUCAAUGGCGACGAGCUUCUACUAUGGUCGGGGGAUCGUAUAGGACGUUUACGAUUUUCGAAUGAUUCCGAUGAAGGUACCGAUGAUGAGAUGAAUGAUUGGAUGUCUCUCGACGGCGAGGAAGCAGAUAUUACGGAAAAACAAGCCCGCCGCCAGUCGAAGGAGCUUGAGAAGCGUCGCGAACAGGAAUACGCCCAGCGUAUACGGCGGGCACUUGAGAGACAGGCGGAUGAGACAGAGUACGGUAUAACGAAUCCUGGAUUUAUCGGAAGUUUGUAUCGUACACCCGCGGCAAUAUAUUCAAAACGAUCACUUCUCAACAUUCACCAGAGACGAUACAUUAACAAAUACUUGAAGAUUCGCAAGCAAAGACAUAUCCGGAGCCCGUGGAACAACUAUACAUCUAUUAUAUCCAUCAUGCCCUCAUUCACAGAGGAUAAUCUCACCUUCGAUCCCGUCGAGGAUGCGGUCGCAGCUUUCAGAAACGGCCAGUUCGUAAUCGUCCUCGAUUCCACUGACCGCGAAAAUGAAGGCGACCUCAUCAUCGCCGCCGACGCUGUCACAGAAUCGCAAAUGGCCUUUCUCGUCCGCUACUCGAGUGGCUACGUCUGUGCGCCCAUCUUACCCUCACAUGCCGACAAACUCCUCCUUCCGCAGAUGGUGAUUAACAAUGCCGAUCCGCUGAUUACUGCGUAUACGAUAUCGAUUGAUUCCAAUGAUGCGUCUGUCACAACCGGUAUAUCUGCGUAUGAUCGCGCGUUGACGUGUAGACAACUUGCGGAUCCGAAUAUUAAGGCGGAGAAUUUCAGGCGGCCGGGUCAUAUCCUCCCGCUUAGAGCAAGAGAAGGUGGUGUAAGGGAGAGAAAGGGUCAUACAGAGGCUGCGAUUGAUCUGUGUCGAUUGGCGGGGCGGAGUCUGGCAGGUGUAAUUGGCGAGCUGGUUGAGGAAGGGGAGGUUGUUGAUGGUGUCGCGGAAGUUAGAGGGAACAAUGGUAUGAUGAGGAGGGAUGCAUGUCUCAAAUUUGGAAGGAGGUUUGGCAUCAAGGUGACCACGAUUGAGGAUAUGGUUGCGUAUCUUGAGAAGGUGGAUCCGCAUGGAAGAUUUGAUUUUGUUAAUGGCAAAGCUUGA